GUUAAGUCUUCCAUUAUUUGUUUGUAUGCAUCGACAAAAUGAUGAGCUCAGGAACGCCGGCUAAGCUUCCGGUUAUAGAUUUCUCAAAUCAAAACCUGAAACCGGGCAGCCCUGAAUGGGAUUCGGUGAAACACCAAGUCCGUGAAGCACUGAAGGAGUACGGUUGUUUCGAGGCUUCGUUGGACCAGUUGCUGGAGCUUCGAGAUGCAGUAUUUGCAGCCAUGGAAGAGGCCUUCGACUUGCCUUCAGAAACAAAAAAACUCUACGUUUCCGACAAGCACUUUCGUGGUUAUUUUGAUUAUCCAUCAGGGUCGCUUGAAAGCAUGACGAUUGAUGAAGCACGGGUUGCCGAAAACAUCGAACAACGCCUGACUACCACCUUGUGGCCUCAAGGAAACAUAAGCUUCAGUAAAACUCUGGUGUUGUUCACAGAGCUGGCAUCAAGAUUAGAGAAGACAGUUAAGAGGAUGAUUUUGGAGAUUUUUGGUGUUGAGCAGUACGAAGAUGAGCUCAUUGACAACACCAAUUACAUGCUAAAGCUCUUGAAAUAUAAAUCUCCCCAAACCAGCGAGCCAACCGCUGGGGCGUUGGCUCACACCGACAAGAGUAUGGUGACCCUAUUGCAUCAAAACGAGGUUGAUGGAUUGGAGAUUCAAAACAAAGAUGGCGAGUGGAUCAACGCUAAACACUCGCCCAACUCUUUCAUAGUCAUGGUUGGAGAGUCCUUGCAGAUAUGGUUAAAUGAUGGACUGUCUCCUACUUUUCAUCGUGUCAUGAUGAAGGGGGACAAGGCAAGGUACAGCGUGGGGUUAUUUGCCUCUCCGAGAGGAGGAUACCAAGUAAAGGCACCAGAAGAACUGGUGGAUAAUAAAAAUCCCAUGCUCUUCAAACCCUUUGACUUUGAAGAAUUUUUGAGAUUUUACUCGACCCAGGUCGCUCCUGGAGGUGAUAGAACUGGUCUUUCAGCCUAUUGCAAAGCCUAA